GCUGGGGCGGUUCCUGCUCUUUAAAAGCAACGAACGAGCAACUGGACCUACACAUUCCGCUAACGACCAGCUAAGAAUUAUAAUUAAUUAGAAAAUAAGUAAGCACGCAUUGAGAAAAUGCUGAAAAUAUGUGUUUGGCUGCUUUACUGUACAGCGGUGAUUACGUUAGUGCAGUCCACGUCGGACUCCACCAACAAUUCAAGUAUAUCCCAGCCAGACAGCACCACCAGCAACACGGAUAACACCAACAUUACAUCGCCUUCAGUUCAAGGUGUUAGCACAAAGCCUUCUUAUGCUACUAUAGCAACUACUUCACCUAUAGAGCAAUCUAAUGAUACAAAUGGACCGAUUCAACUGCUGCCUAUGGUAAUUAAUACAUGGAAGUUUCCAGAGGCCAAUGCAUUGGCGUGGCGCAUACUCAGGCAGUCGGAGGGAGGGUUGCGACAGACGCGGAAUGCUGUCGUCGAAGGCUGCACCAAGUGCGAACAGAUGCAGUGUGACGGAACAGUGGGCUAUGGUGGGUCCCCGGAUGAGUUGGGCGAAACAACACUGGACGCCAUGGUCAUGGAUGGAGCGAGCAUGGAUAUGGGGGCUGUAGCUGGCUUGAUAGGCAUCAAGGAUGCCAUACGUGUGGCUAGAUAUGUGCUAGAGCGGACAACGCACUCGCUGUUGGUGGGACAAGCAGCUACGAACUUCGCCGUAGCCAUGGGUUUUCGCACUGAUUCGCUGGUUACGCCCGAGUCGCGAGCCAUGUGGCAGCAAUGGAAGGCCGAGAAUUGUCAACCGAAUUUCUGGCAGAGGGUCAAUCCGGAUCCGAAGAUCUCAUGUGGUCCUUACGCACCCAAGGCUACGCCAUUGAGUCGCUGGAAAGAGGAUCGUGCUCGCUCCGAGUACAAAAUUGGAAACCAGCAUCACGAUACCAUCGGUAUGGUGGCCAUCGAUGCUAAUAACCAAAUACACACAGGCACCUCGACCAAUGGGGCACGCAACAAAAUUCCCGGUCGAGUAGGCGACUCACCCAUUCCCGGCGCUGGCAGUUAUGCAGACAAUGAAGUUGGUGCAGCUGUAGCAACAGGAGAUGGGGAUAUUAUGAUGCGUUUUCUGCCCACAUUCACUGCAGUGGAGGCAAUGCGAUCUGGCAAGACGCCCAAAGAGGCAGCCGACGAGGCUGUGAAUCGAAUUAUAAAGCAUUAUAAGGACUUUGCGGGCGCAGUCAUUGCGGUAAAUCGCCUGGGACAAUACGCAGCCGCAUGCUAUGGCAUGCCCGAGUUUCCUUUUGUCAUCAGCAGCCCAGCUGAAGCAUUAGCAGUAAAAACAGUCAAGUGUAUGCCAGCUAUCACGGAUAUUGAUAUUCUGACGCUGAAAAAAACAUUGUAAAGCUAA